CGUGCACACUCUGCGUGAGCGCGCAUCACUUCCUGUGCAUGCAGCGCUUUCAACUCCGACAGGACAAGCGAGAGUCGACGAACUCGUACGAAAACACAGGAGUAACGGAAUAUCUGACCGAAUACUCCACCAAACUGUCCCGGGCUGGUCAGACACUUGACUCCUGUCAUUGGACCAGCUGGCAUUGGACGAGGUGUCGGACCCUCCCCCUGCAUGGCAGCAAAAUGACACAAUAGCUGGGGGUGUUCAAUAUCAUCCCUCCCCCCCUCUCUUUGUUUCCCCCUCCUACAUAUUCAAGAUACUCAGAUACAUAUUGACUAUCUUACACCAACACGUUAUAAAACAAUACCCUGGGAUACCUCUGUGGCCCCACACUUUGUAGGGGCCAUGAGACUUUUCCAGGACUGCUGCUGCUAAGGACUAUCUGGGAACAAAACAAUCCGUUUCCUUCCAGCGACUGGACACAUCCUCCCAGUUCCAACGUCUAGAGCUAGACGGAAGCUCGGUUGAUCAUUAAGUCAUGAAAACACCAGAGGACCAUUGGGAGUUUCCAUUCAGAGUUGAAUAUUAACAGGCUGAAAGACUGCAAAGUUAAAUCAAACUGCAGCACAUAUCUGAAAAUAUCUUUUAGAAAAACGAUACCUCUCCUUAGCAGAUUCAUCCACAUCUGAAGUGCCUUGUGCUUCAUCAAACUUGUUUACAUCUAUUCCACAUAUCUAAUCCGUUCGCCAAUCCUUGAAAAUAGACCUAUUGUUUACAUCUCUACGCCUUACAGCUUUUCAAACCAUAUCUUUUCCAUUGGUGUCUUCUGUUUGGGUGCAUAAGAGUCGCUGUCUCGUAUAUCAGAGAUACAAGGAAUGAGAUCACCAAUAGAGUUCAGUUCCUCAAAUUCAUCCAAACUUAAAUCACUCUCAUUUGACUCUCAGUGGUGCACUACUAGCUUGAGUGUCAUCAUGUUCACGCUGCAAACCAAAUGGCGUUACUUGAUCAUGUUUUUAGGCGUCCAGUUAGUGGUCAUGGCUCUUCUGUCAAGAGAAGGCUAUCAGAAAAGAGUGUCGUAUUUUUUCCGGAUAUUCCGAAAGCCGGAUUCUUCGGCAGGAAGCAUGAUUGGGGGACGCAACCAUACAGAUGUCUACGCCAACCUUUCCCGGUUAGGCCCUCCUAUUAAUAGAGAUGACAUGCCCUACUGCCCCAAGCAAUCUCCACACCUAGUUGGACCAAUUCAUGUCACUUUCCCUUCCGGGCUCACACUUGCCGAUGUGGAGAGGAAGAACCCACUUGUUGUCCGUGGAGGUCGCUAUAGGCCGCCCAACUGUGAGGCUCGCCACCGCACCGCAAUAAUCAUUCCUCACAGAAGCCGGGAGCACCAUCUCAAGUUCCUCCUCUACUAUCUGCACCCCUUCCUACAGCGCCAGCAGCUCAACUAUGGCAUCUAUAUCAUUCACCAGGCUGGUAAUUACACCUUUAACCGAGCGAAGCUGAUGAACGUGGGCUUUCGUGAGGCCAUGAGGGAUGAGGACUGGGACUGUCUCUUCUUUCAUGACGUGGACCUCAUUCCAGAGGACGACCGCAACACCUACAUCUGCGACGCUCACCCUAAACACGCUGCCAUCGCCAUGGACAAAUUUGGCUACAAGUUGCCUUAUAAGAUGUAUUUUGGUGGAGUGUCGGCUCUGAGUCCUGAUCAAUACCUCAAGAUGAACGGCUUCCCGAAUAAUUACUGGGGCUGGGGUGGAGAAGAUGACGACAUUGGCGUCCGGGUUUCGCUUGGAGGAAUGGUGAUCAGCCGACCAUCCAUCAACGUGGGUCGAUAUAAGAUGAUCAAACACAAGCACGACAAAGGCAAUGAAGUGAAUCCCAAAAGGUUUAACAUGUUGGCCAAGACCCGUCAUACGUGGAAAGAAGACGGCAUGAAUACAGUGGAGUAUGAGAUCAUAUCCCGGGAUUACCAACCCCUCUACGCCAACAUCACAGUCAACAUCGGCACAGAGGCAGGCCUGCACCCGACCAAAAAUAAACCAGCUUCCUAACCAUCUCCCAGAAUUCAUGCCCAUCCCCUAAUGCUGACCACUCUCCCACAAUGCACAUGGCCAGUGAAUCCACAGGACGCCUUUACCGCACCACAGACCUUCAGUUUCCUCUGGUGCCAUCUAGUGGUCUCACGAUUCUUGUUUCUUUCUCUUCCUCCAAAGUUUCAUCCUGUGCUCACUGGUUCACUUUAUUAGUCAGGACGCUGCAGAAACUGGGGAUCGCUCUGCAGGGAGAGGAUGCGUUUUCCUGACGGACAAACUCCUCGUGCGUCCUCCGUGCCCCAUCGGCACCAUUUAUAAACCUCCGUUGCCUUAGAAUCAAGCUGCACUCGCUCCUUACAUUUCUUUCAUGACUAUUGAAGCGUCAUGGUUGAUGUUUCUGGCCGACUUUUAGGAGAGAACCAUGUUAGUUUUUCUGCCACACGAAUGAAAUAGUGAAGCAGGCCGAUGUGCUGCAUACGCAAACAUUGUUUGCUGCACUACUCUGUGAGUCAGUUGCAUUUUCUGUGCGGUAAAUUAGUGCUUUUGAUUACGUACUGUAUUGUUUUCCUGAUGGGUGAAGUAAUGGAUAUAUAUUCCAUUUUUGAGCAAAUCCGUCAGAAUUGGCCUCUUUGGUAGUAAUAACCACUCUACUUGUACUGAGUUUCUCAUCACUUUUUUUUUUUUUCAUUCCCGAAUUGCCUUUUGGUUGGCUGAGUAAUAAUAUUAGCUUUUAUAAUCAACACGUUGCCUCUCGUUUUCAUGAUUUAUUCGACACGUUAUAUUUUGUCUGCAUGAGUUUUGUUUUAUUGCUUGCGAUUGGCUGGUUGUGUGCGGUUCUGUCGUUUGCUUUGGAUUAGGAGUGGAGUUGUUGAAUGUAGCCCUUUUCUUUCUUUACGGUGAGGAAAUGUCAUAUCAGCACAGAGAGCAUCGUGUUGUGGUCGUUGAGUUCAGUCUUCAGGUUUUUUUGUCUCAUUCUCAUUUGAGUCCAGCAUUUUUUUACUAAAAAUUAAGAGCCACUUGCACUCAUUAUUUGAAGUUUAUAUCUCAGUAAAGUUGAAUUCAGUAUAAAAAUUCGAUUAAAUAGUUACUAUAAAAUUAUUGUUAAUGUUAAAAAAGUACUUUUUUGCCAUUUUUACAUGAAUAGUUAUGUAGAAUCAAAUGCAGUAACAUUUGUAAAACCGGCAUUUUACCAUUAAACCAUAAAUUACUGAAAUUAUUAUAUACAUUUAUAAACCAUAUUCACACACAGUUUUGCAGUGAAUCAAAGUGAACGUUCACAAAAAAUUAAAUAUAUUAAAAUUGUGCUGUUAAAUUUGAUUUGUCGCAUUCAAAUGCAUUGCUAUAAAACCCAUUUUAUGUGAAGUGGUGAAACAAAUAGUGCGCUAACAUUUGGAAUAUUGUUAAAUGCGGCAGUAUUGUACAUUAUCUGUGCAAGCAUGCAUAAUUUAGUAUGAUUGAUACAAAAUGCUGCUUUGAGAUAUGAAUUGCUGCUUGAACUGCUUGAAUAUUUGUAAAUUUGUUCUUGCAUAAAUUGGUUGAAUGAAUCGAAAGAACUCGCGUAAAAUACUCCGCCUCAUUUCAGUUAACGCAUUAAACGUUAUUUUCAUAAAGCUUGAUGAAAAGUGUAGCAUUAAAGGGAUAGUUCACCAAAAAAUUAAAACUGUCAUUAUUUACUAAUUCUUGACCUCCAAACCUGUUUGACAUUCUUUGUCAAAUAUUCAACAAAUACUAUGGGAGUUAAUAGUUACUGGUUUCCAACAUUCUUCAAAAUAUCUUCUUUAGGGCUCAGCAGAACAAAAUACGAACUGGUUUGUAAUAAUUCAAGUAUGAGACAUAAUUAAGUUGGAUGAACUGUCCUUUUAAAUGCACCAAUAUCCUUCAACUUUUUACAAUACCUCUCAUCUGAAAUCAUUGCUUAAACCAUGCUUUGCAUAAAUCAUUUACAUUUUUACAAAUGUGCAAACAAUUAUAAAACCAUUUACCACUCUACCACUCUAAGAAUUGCACAUAUUGGGAUAAAUCAAACCAUUUAAUGCAACUUGUACAUUGGAGUGAUUUGAAAUAGUUGACAUGUUGUAAAGGAAUUGAGUAUAUUCUCAAAUGUACUUUUACAAUUGAGCAGUUGACCGAUAUUGAUGACAAACGAAUACAAAUGCAUUACUUUAAAUUAGCUAACAAUUUCCUUAUAUUGAAAAUGCAUCGUCCCCAUCUGAAUGUCCCACAGUUUCAUAGUGAAACAGACUCUUGAUGGUCCGGCUACCAAAAAACACGACUGUUUCAGACGGAUCUGUGCAUGCGUGAGGUGAAUGAAAGCAAACGUGCGUCUCGGAUUUGUGUUUGUGAGACUGAUAAAUCUCAACGUUUUUCAGAAGCUGCUGAUUUCUGGGUGAAUGUGAAAGGUGGAGGUUUUAAUCUCUUUAAUAUGUUUGCCGUGUUUGGAGAUUUUAAGUGCUUGUUUGAAUGAAAAAAAAAAUGGUGUUGGGUUAUUGAGGCAGAGAUACCAAAAAUAAUCAUAUCAUAUUUUUUUAAGCAUGCUUUCUUUUUUUCCCCCGUUUUGCUUAAAAGUCUUUUUUUUUAAUGCAGAGAUGUUGGUGGUCAUCUAUGGUCAGGCCAUUUAAACCUGUCCAUAUAUUACACCAGUCUGUGUUGUCAUAGAAAAAUCACCAGUGUGUAUUUUUUGACUUGAUUUUUAGCUGUAAUUGGUGACUGGAAAUGUUUAUGCUUCACCUUUGAGAAUUUAUAUUUGAUAAUUAUCCCGAUCGCCAUCAUAGAAGGUACUACUUUUUUGCGCUGUUCAGCCACGAAUGCUAUAGUUUGAUAUGUAGAGAUGAUGGGCUGCACACUACUCAGGUGGGAUGAUGAUCAGACGUUUCUAAAUGUGCCUUAUUGGGCGUCCGUAAUCUCAAGUUCUUCGGUGGGCAGUGCUCUCGGUGCGGGGCAUUCGAUUUUCUUUCUGAAGUCUGCACACUACUCAGCGGCCUUAUGAUGAUUUAAUAAAAACAAACGUUAAUGUA